AUGAGGAACGGCAACAAGGAGACCAUGUCGUAUCUACGCGAUUGGCGACAGGCGUUGCGCGCACCACAUGUUUACCGAGUAGCGAAUAGCACCUUUCGCAUUCAGAGCCAGUUCCUGGCGCUCAUUCUCCUCGUGCUGAGCGUUCCGAUCAUCUUUUUGGCGUAUCCGCUGUUGCGUAGCGUCGUGUGCUCGCCGCCAAAUCAGACCCUCACCCAGUGUCGUUAUUACAAGUAUAAUAGAACGUAUCCCACCUCGACACCCAUCAGGACUUCCAAGGGUAUGACUUACAGGAUAGCGAUAGUGAGCGACCUGGAUGAUAAUUCCAAGCUCCCAGAUAAGAGAGACACGUGGUAUAGUCUCAUGAAGACUGGCAGUUUGUACUGGAAUCCUACUACUAAUUUUCUAUCUGUUAUCUGGGACGAUAGAACUGUCACAUUGUCCUCGUCGCUGUCUAUGAAAGGACGUGGAAUGGAAUUGUCAGAAUUGGUGACGUUUGACGGUCGUCUAUUGUCCUUUGAUGAUCGUACAGGAAUGAUAUAUUUCAUUGAAGGUGAUCAAAUUUAUCCAUGGGUUAUUUUGAUGGAUGGCAAUGGUAAAAACCACAAAGGGUUUAAGUCUGAAUGGGCAACUAUCAAAGAUGAACAAUUAUAUGUUGGCAGUAUGGGAAAAGAAUGGACUACGCCGUCUGGUGAAUUUGAGCAUAAUAAUCCAUUGUGGAUAAAAGUAGUAUCGCCACGUGGCGAGACACAUUCCCUCAAUUGGAUUUCUUACUACAAACGAUUAAGGCAAGCGAUUAACAUCGAAUAUCCAGGUUAUAUGAUACAUGAAUCUGGAGCCUGGAGCGAUAUACAUAAAAGUUGGUUCUUCUUGCCCAGAAGAUGUUCUCAUGAACGUUACAAUGAAUCGAGAGAUGAGAGAAUGAGCUGUAAUAUCAUGCUAACUGCUGAUGAAAACUUUAUUGAUAUUAAAGUUACUCAUGUUGGAGAUUUAAUUCCAAUCAGAGGUUUCUCCAGUUUCAAGUUCCUUCCUGGUUCACAGGAUUCUAUCAUAAUAGCAUUGAAGACUGAGGAAUAUCAAGGACACACUGCUACAUACAUCAUGGCCUUUACAAUAGAAGGAACAAUAAUAAUGCCAGAGAGCAAAGUGAUGGACAAAAAAUUCGAAGGACUAGAAUUUAUAUGACAUUCCAUUUAGGAAUAGUCAACCAUUUAAUAAAAUUGUAAAUAGAUGUACAGAGAAUGCAUAACUUUAAAUUUCUAUUACAUUAAAAUUGCUGCAAAUCUGAUGAGUAUAUAUAAGCUAAGAUCGUUUCUUUGAACGAUAUUGCUACAUUCAAAACGCCAGGGUACAAAUUUUAUUCUCAUUCUUAACAUAGACUAUAGCAAUUACAUAAGAAUAUAUACACAGAGUGAUAAUUGUAAAUAAUGUAUGUAUAUAUUAAUGUAUGUAUAUACUAAUCAAUGUACUUUGAAUCAAUA